UAUAGCUGGAAGAUCCAUUGAAAUGAUCGUGGACACGGGGGCAAGCAUCACUGUCAUUUCUGAAGAUGUGUAUGUGUACAAGGCAGAGGUAGCCCAUAUCAAGUUACAGAAAAGCACUGUAAAGCUCCAGUCCUGCUGUGGCAAGUUGUUGAAAGUACAAGGCGAAGCAACUGUAUCCGUCCGUUAUGGUGAGCAGGAAUUUUGUGACAAGCUAGUAGUUGUGGACGCACCAGGAAAACCAGCUGUCUUGUGGAGGAUAUGGCUAACGAAGAUCUUCUUGGACUGGAAUACCUUAUUUGGCAUCCAGUAUGAGGGUCACCUGGAUGCAGUUUGGGAGUUCCCCAACGUAUUCAAGGAAGGCAUGGGCAAAUUCCGGGAAUUCAAGGCGAAAAUUGAGCUGUCUCCAGACGCAAAGCCACUCUUCUAUAAACCAAGACCGGUACCUUUUGCACUUCAGGAGAGGGUCUGUGAGGAGAUUGAUCGUCUAGUCAGUGAGGACAUUCUUCAACCUGUCGAACAGAGUGCUUGGGUGUCACUGAUAGUCAUUGUAUGCAAGGCCGAUGGAGGAAUACGCCUUUGCGGUGACUAUAAGGUGACUAUACAUCUGUACCUCGACCAUGGUCAGUAUCCGACUCCCAAUGCCGAGGACCUCUUUGCUACACUUGCUGGAGGAAAGAGAUUCACCCGCUUAGAUCUUCGACAAGCCUAUCAACAGAUGGAAGUUGACAUUGACAGUCAACAGUACCUAACAAUCAACACUAUCAAAGGCUUCUGCACAUUCACCAGACUACCAUUUGGUAUCAAAACAGCUAGUAUAUUUCAGAAGGCAAUGGAUUGUAUUUUGAGCGGCCUACCUGGAGUCUGUUGUUUUCACGAUGAUAUUUUGUUCUCUGGCAACUCUGACAAGGAGCAUGACGAUUGUACCAGGAAGGUACUCAACAGACUGGAUCAGGCAGGUGUACGACUUCGAAGUGACAAAUGUGAAUUCAACAAGUUGGAAGUCCAGUAUCUCGAACAUAUUGUUGAUCAACGCGGUUUACGGCCUACCCAAGAGAAAAUUAGAGCAAUCAAGGAGGCCCCAACACCUACAAAUGUGUCUGAAUUGAAAUCCUUUUUGGGAUUACUCUAUUAUUAUAAUCGCUUUUUGCCCAACUUGUGUGAUACCUUGAAGCCACUUCAUUUAUUGUUGCAAAAGGGUAAACAGUGGAAGUGGACUCACAAGGAAGAAGAAGCUUUCGACCUAUCACUUCCAGUGAAGUUGUCGUGUGAUGCCUCUUCAUAUGGCAUUGGGGCUUGUCUAACUCAUGUGUAUGAAGAUGGAUCAGAACGGCGAGUCGCCUUGCUUCGAGGACACUGUCUUCAACUGAGAAAGGCUAUGCUCAAAUAUCUUGUUGGACGAAGUUUCACUCUUGUGACUGAUCACAAGCCACUGACAAGGAUUUUGGGUUCAAAGCAAGGGGUGCCUGCACUAGCUGCAGCUAAGCUACAGCGAUGGAUGCUGAUACUGGGUGCUUAUGACUACGAUUUGGAGUACAAGGCCGGUGAACAGAACAAGUGGAUUAUUGUGAAACACUUCCUGUGUCUGCUGCAGAAGUGA